CGAGCAGCGGCGAGCUGGAAUAUGGCUCUCUCCAGAGGUUUGAGAUGCUGUCAAAGGGUUUUCUCCUGGAUACCUGUCCUUAUAAUAACCUCCGUGGUAUUGUGGUCAUACUACGCGUACGUCUUUGAGCUAUGUCUUUUUACACUCACCAACACGUUGGAAAAAGUGGCCUAUCUACUGGUAUUUCAUGUUUGUUUUGUGAUGUUCUCAUGGACCUACUGGAAGUCCAUAUUUACCCCACCUGCAUCACCAUGCAAAAAGUUUCAGCUGUCAUACUCAGACAAACAGAGAUAUGAGAUGGAGGAGAGGCCAGAUGCUCAAAAACAAAUCCUGGUUGAGAUCGCAAAGAAGCUGCCCAUCUUUUCUCGAGCUCAGUCUGGAGCUAUCAGGUUCUGCGACCGCUGCCAGGUACUGAAGCCUGACCGCUGUCACCACUGCUCAGUCUGUGAAACAUGUGUCUUGAAGAUGGACCAUCACUGUCCCUGGGUAAACAACUGUGUUGGCUUUUCCAACUACAAGUUUUUCCUGCUUUUCCUCUCCUACUCCAUGCUGUACUGUGUAUUCAUUGCAGCAACAGUCUUUCAGUAUUUCCUCAAAUUCUGGGUGGGGGACUUGCCAAAUGGGCCUGCAAAGUUCCAUGUCCUGUUCCUCAUGUUUGUGGCGCUCAUGUUCUUUGUCAGUCUCAUGUUCCUCUUUGGCUACCACUGUUGGUUGGUGGCCAAGAACAGAUCCACUUUAGAGGCCUUUUCAGCUCCAGUAUUUGUCACUGGACCAGACAGAAAUGGCUUCAAUGUUGGCAUACGCAGAAACCUGCAGCAGGUGUUUGGAGAGGAUCGAAGGCUUUGGUUCAUCCCUGUCUUCACAAGCCAAGGGAACGGCCACUACUUCCCCUUGAAGAAUCGGAGUUCUGAGUCCCACAACCCCUUAUUAGCUAAUGAGGACAUGUGGGAGGAGUCGGAUGAUGGCUCUGAGGACGGAAGCCUGGCUGAGGACCGGGACCCCUCUGUUACCAUAGAGAUGGAGGAGUAGCAAUUUUAAUGUAAGGACAAUUAACACAGGUACAGAGUAUGUACAUUAACAUUGCACACAUUGUGUACCAUGAGGCAAAUGCAUUCCAAAUCAAGUGGAUGUUCAAACACUAUAAAAAAUCAGAAGGGGCCAAACAUGUGGAUGAAAGCCUGCUUUUGGAUUGUCAUUGCCACUUAAAUGUGUGUGUUUUACAUAAUGAUGAAUAGAGCAACUCAGUGGACAACCAAUAGCAUCACCUCUUCUCUGAUGGACAAGAGUAUCAGUAUGAUUCUGAAAAAAACUUGUCAAAUAUUACCUUGCUUACAAAAAGGCAACUGCUAUUUACCAUGGGUCAUAUAUGUAUUCCCGUGGUUGUUCAUCUCAAGAUACUGGCUUCUGUGAGGUUAUAAAUAACUGUAAAGUGGGAAGCUUCUGUCUGGCACUGUACUGCCUCUAUUUCACUGUUGGGCCUUGAGUUUACAGUGUUGCACCUUUUUAGCUUGCUCUGUGCAGAGUAUCUAAAUUGACACCCAUAAUGCUCCAGAGGUCUCUUGCAGUGAUUCAGUUGUCUGGCCCCUACUAGUCUGGGACUUGAAGCAUAUGAACAUAAGAUUUUACUUUACUUUUUACAAAGAACAUAAGCGUAUUCUAAUACCUGAUUUAACCUCCGCCUUAUUGAUAUAUUUAUUCUUGUGCUUGGGGAGUCUGUUUCUCCUAGAAUGUAUCUAGCACCCUGCUUGUGAAUACACUGUGCCAACAUUUUGGGCACCUAUUUACAGAAAAACCUUUCAUAUUAUGCUUGAAGGGAAUAUUUUACCCCCCAAAUGACCAAUAUCAUUAACUACUCACUCAGGCUGCACAAUUAUAACAAUAAAUUUAACCAAUACUGAGAUCACAAUUAUUCAUUUGCACUUUUGCAUUUAAAUGGAGCCAUGCUUUUACUUUUAUGUUUUGCUACAUUACUGCUAAUGUAAUUAUGCAAACUAGUUUUUUCUUCACCCGAACCUAGGGCAUCUCUGAGAAGCAAAACUAUGUAAAUAACAUUGUUACAAAACUUUUUACCCAGAAUUGAAUCGUGGUACGUGUGUAGUGGCAUGACAGCUCUUCAAAAGUGGAGGCUGGCUGUUAGUUCAGGAAGCUCCUGAUUUUAUAUGCACCGAAGUUUUCUUUGAGCGGAGCAUGCAUUUUAAAAGUCCGCAUCACAGUCACUCAUAUUAUUAAAUUAUGGGAAGCCAAAACUGUUAUCAUGAUUAAUAUUUGAUUGAAUCCUGCAGCCCUAUUAAUCACCCUGCGUUGCAUUGAAUUUGUGAAAAAGAAGUCACAUAAUAACACAAAGUAACUGAUCAGGGCAGUAGUAGAUCAGCAGCUCCCAUGUUCAGCGAGGAUAAAUUAAUGUUUUUGUCAAUGUAGUCUGGCUUUGAAGAGAGCAUUGAUAAUUUUCACUUUCAGGUCAGUUCUCCAUCAGAAAGAACCAGCUCUUUGGACAGUACUGAGCAUGCAACUGGAUAAAUGAGACUUAAGAUUAUACCUCAAGAGUAAUGUGAGUUUGUAAACUGACUUUUUGAUAUAUUUUUGCUGUUUUUAAAAAGCGGAUCCCUAUGACUUCAAAUCAUCAAUGAUUUUCUCAGUUUCUGGAUUCUUGUUCGACAUGGAAACAUGCAAAAAAAAACCUUUUUUUCUCUGCAAUUCAAUGUCACAGAGCGAGUAAUUGAUGUACAAAUGGUCAGUUUGUGGGUGAAGUAUUCCUAAAAUAGAGUACUUCAGCAUUUUAUCAAGUUAAAAUGCCAUUACCGAUGACAGUAAUAAAAACUAAACUAGCAUACAUCUGUAGCUGUGGUUCACAGCUGCAGCUCAUUGGUUGAGAUUGCGACAUUAUUUUCAAGCACAGAGUAUUAAUGGCAGACUUAAUAUAAUAUUUAUCAUUUUUCAGUGGAGUCAUAUCCUGAAUAUAUACUGUAUAUCAUGACUGGAGUUAUGUUGGAUACAUGGCUGAUAAAAAAAUGCAGUGAUUAGUUUGGUUUUAAGGUUUGGGAUGACCAUAUGAGACAUACUGUGAUAGAUAUAUUUUUAAAAUUAUCAAUUAUCAAUAUCAAUGUUGUUUUCUACCACAUAAUCCAUCCUAAGAAUGGUAAGACUUCUAUGUGGUUGCAGAGUGAUAGGAAAGUGAAUUUCAUCAAAGUCACAAAACAAUUUGUAGGAGAGGACAUAGGUUCUUCUGUGUCUGUUUUGAUCGUUUUAAACAUGCAGAUA